AUGAAGCAAGAAAUUUCAACUACGAAUAAAGCGGAUGAAACAAUAGUGUGUUAUGUUCCAAAUAUGAUUACCACUAAUGGAGUUUGGCAGGGGGAUAAUCCUUUGGAUUUCUCUCUCCCACUCUUCAUUUUGCAGUUGACAAUGGUGAUCGUCACCACGCGCCUCCUCGUUUUCAUUUUGAAACCCCUUCGUCAGCCUCGUGUGAUCUCGGAGAUUGUUGGAGGAAUAAUAUUGGGGCCAUCAUUACUUGGAAGUAAUCCUGCAUUUGCCGACGCAGUCUUCCCUUUAAGAGGUGUAAUGCUGCUUGAGACAAUGGCAAAUGUUGGCCUUCUUUACUUUCUCUUCCUGGUUGGUGUGGAGAUGGACAUAUCUGUAAUUCGUCGCACCGGUAAAAAGUCAUUGGCCUUGGCUGCCGCUGGCAUGAUCUUGCCUUUCCUUAUUGGCGGUGGCUUCUCAUUCCUCAUACACAAAAAAUCACAACACAUGAGUGAAGGAACUUUCAUACUUUUCCUUGGAGUUGUCCUCUCUGUCACUGCUUUCCCCGUUCUUGCUAGAAUCCUUGCAGAGCUCAAACUUAUUAACACAGAGCUUGGCAGGAUUGCCCUGUCUUCAGCUCUUCUCAACGACAUGUGUGCUUGGAUUCUCUUAGCUUUCGCUAUUGCCUUCGGCGACAACAAUAAAACUCCCUUGUCUUCCCUCUGGGUGAUACUCUCCGGUGUAGCUUUUGUUAUCUUCUGCAUUUUUAUUGUCCGGCCUGGAAUUUUCUGGAUGAUUCAGAGAACCCCGGAGGGCGAAACGUUCAGUGAAUUCUAUAUUUGUGUCAUUCUCACUGGGGUUAUGAUAGCAGGUUUCAUCACAGAUGCCAUUGGGAUACAUUCUGUUUUUGGAGCUUUUGUAUUUGGGUUGGUGAUUCCCAAUGGACCACUAGGACUUACUCUCAUAGAAAAGCUCGAGGACUUCGUCUCAGGGCUUCUUCUUCCUCUUUUCUUCGCUAUCAGCGGACUCAAGACUGAUGUUAGAGCCAUCAAAGGAACUUUCACCUGGGGUAUUCUAUUGCUUGUAAUCAUUCUAGCUUGUGCUGGAAAAAUUGCUGGUACUCUGGUUGUUGCAAUGUUUUACCAGAUGCCAGUCCGUGAAGGAGUUACUCUUGGCCUGCUCAUGAACACAAAAGGAUUAGUUGAAAUGAUUGUCCUCAAUGUUGGGAAGGACCAGCAGGUCUUAGACGAUGAGUCAUUUGCGAUGAUGGUUAUUAUAACUGUGAUUAUGACAGCAAUAAUCACACCUAUUGUAACAACAAUUUACAAGCCAGCAAGGAGAUUCUUACCUUACAAACAGCGAACAAUCCAAAGCUCGAAAACAGAUUCAGAAUUAAGGCUGCUGGUGUGUAUUCAUACGCCACGAAAUGUCCCAACAAUGAUCAACCUUCUUGAAGCAUCGCACCCCACAAAAAGUUCCCCAAUAUGUGUCUACGUGCUUCAUCUUGUUGAACUUACUGGCCGUGCAUCUGCCAUGCUAAUAGUGCACAACACUAGGAAAUCCGGUAGACCAGCCCUCAACCGAACACAAGCUCAAUCGGACCAUAUAAUCAAUGCCUUCGAAAACUAUGAGCAGCAUGCAGGUUCUGUCUCUGUUCAGCCAUUAACUGCCAUUUCCCCUUACUCCACCAUGCAUGAAGAUAUCUGCAACUUGGCAGAGGACAAACGUGUAGCCCUCAUAAUCAUCCCAUUCCACAAACACCAAACAGUUGAUGGAGGAAUGGAAGCUACUAACCCAGCAUUUCGUAUGGUCAACCAGAAUCUACAAGCAAAUGCACCUUGCUCGGUUGGGAUUCUUGUUGACAGAGGCUUAAACGGGUCUACACGGUUAGCUGCAGGUCAAGUGUCUCAUCACAUUGCCGUGCUCUACUUUGGCGGCCCAGAUGACAGAGAGGCACUCGCAUAUGCAUGGAGAAUGUCGGAGCAUCCAGGAAUUAGUCUCACUGUGAUGAGAUUUGUUCCCGGAGGGGAUGCAAUUGAUCCAGCAACACACCCUACUUCUGAUCCAAUAGACAAUGACAAGGAAAAACAGCCUGAUGAAGAGUUUAUAAAUGACUUCAGGAUGAAGACUGUCAGUGACGAAUCAAUUGUUUAUAGUGAGAAGGUGGCAAACAAUGGGGAGGAGACGGUGGCAGCAAUAAGAGCAAUGGACACAGCCCACGACUUGUUCAUAGUGGGGAGAGGACAAGGAAUGAGCUCACCAUUAACGGCUGGCCUUACUGACUGGAGUGAGUGUCCAGAGCUUGGUGCUAUUGGGGAUUUGCUAGCAUCAUCUGAUUUUGCAGCAACAGUCUCUGUUCUGGUUGUGCAACAGUAUGUUGGAAAUGAGGGCAUUGGAACACCCGACACCCCGGGUCAUGCAGACGAUUAAUACGCUAAUGUAGAGCUCACAAGUCAACAACACCCAACAAGCAAACAAUGUUUAACGGACCACAUGAACUGAUGACUUUCAUGCAAAUUCAAAGGAAAAUACUCCAACAAAAACUUAAAGCCUGGAAAGUUAUCAGUUCUCUGUUAUCCAAGUGUACACUGCCUAAGAAAAAGUUGGAGCUACUUUACAAAAUAGAUGAUACUGCUUUGUAGGAUUUCCUUCAA